ACAUCAUAAACAUCCAUUCCCGCCACAUACAAGUAAACCCUCUCGUUGCAUUGCAAAACCUAAACACCAAAGAACAUAACAAUGAAUUUUAGAUUCCAGAAUCUUCUCGGAGCUCCUUACAGAGGCGGAAACGCAGUCAUCUCAAACAACACCCACCUACUCUCACCCGUCGGUAACCGAGUCUCCGUCACCGACCUCCUUAAAUCCGAAACAACAACUCUCCCUAUUCAAUCCUCCUCAAAUAUCUCCCGUAUCGCCGUCUCUCCUGACGGCACCUUCCUCCUCGCAAUCGAUGACCAUAACCGCUGCCUUUUCAUCAACCUCCGCCGCCGCGCACUUCUCCACCGUAUCACCUUCAAGCACCGCGUUGGUGCUGUCAAAUUCUCCCCCGAUGGAACACUUAUCGCUGUUGCCGCCGGAAAACUUGUUCAGAUCUGGCGCUCACCUGCUUUCCGCAAGGAGUUUUUUCCGUUCGAACUUGUUCGAACUUUUGCCGAUUUCGACGCCAAAAUCACUGCCUUUGAUUGGAGCCCUGAUUCUAACUACUUGCUUGCAGCGUCUAAGGAUCUUACUGCGAGAAUCUUGUGUUUGAAGAAACUUAAAGGUGAUGUUAAGUAUAAGCCUUUUUUGUUUUUAGGUCAUAGGGAUUCUGUUGUAGGUUCAUUUUUUGGCGUUGAUUCUAAAACUGGUAGGGUUUCUAAGGUUUAUACUGUUACUAGAGAUUGUUAUUUGUUAAGCUGGAAUUUUACCAGCGAAGAGGAGGAGGAAUCCUCGGCGCCACCAUCUCCGGGGACGCCGGAUAGGGAAUUGGAAGGGGAUUUGAUGGUUGUGGACGAUGGUGAAGUCAAGAAGAAGAGGAAGGAACGUGAAAUUGAGGAUGGGGGAGGGUAUUUGUGUAGAGGGAAAUGGGAGUUGUUGAGGAAGGACUGUUUUAAUCAGGCGCCAGCCAAGGUUUCAGCUUGUGAUUAUCAUAGAGGUUUGGAUAUGGUGGUUGUUGGAUUUAAUAAUGGUGUGUUUGGGUUGUAUCAAAUGCCGGAUUUUGUGUGCAUUCAUUUGUUGUCGAUAUCAAAAGAGAAGAUUACUACUGCUUUGUUUAAUGAGCUUGGGAAUUGGUUGUCCUUUGGGUGUGCUAAACUGGGUCAGCUCCUUGUGUGGGAGUGGCGGUCUGAGAGUUAUAUUUUGAAGCAGCAGGGUCAUUACUUUGAUGUCAAUAGUGUCGCGUAUUCACCUGACGCCCAACUCCUUGCUACUGGAGCUGAUGAUAAUAAAGUGAAGGUUUGGAAUGUUUCCUCGGGCUUUUGCUUUGUUACUUUUUCUGAGCACACUAAUGCUAUUACGGCUCUGCAUUUUAUGGCAAGUAGCAAUUGCCUGCUCAGUGCGUCUCUUGAUGGGACUGUUCGGGCGUGGGAUUUAUUACGUUAUCGGAAUUUUAGGACGUUUACCACUCCUUCUUCAAGACAGUUUGUUUCUUUGGCAGCAGAUCAAAGUGGUGAAGUAAUAUGUGCUGGCACUUCAGAUUCCUUUGAGAUUUUUGUUUGGUCGAUGAGAACUGGCCGUUUGUUAGAUGUGCUUAGUGGUCACGAAGCUCCUGUUCACGGGCUAGUAUUUUCUCCUACAAAUGCUAUCUUGGCUUCUUCAUCAUGGGACAAGACUGUUCGGUUGUGGGAUGUCUUUGAUGGAAAAGGAGCCGUUGAAACGUGGCCUCACACGCAUGAUGUUCUCACAGUAGUUUAUCGUCCAGAUGGAAGGCAGCUAGCUUGCAGCACGUUGGAUGGGCAAAUUCAUUUUUGGGAUCCCAUAGAUGGUUUGCUGAUGUACACCAUAGAAGGUUCUAGGGAUAUUGCUGGAGGUCGUCUUAUGACUGACCGUAGAACAGCUGCUAAAUCAAGUACAGGGAAGUGCUUCACAACCUUGUCUUAUUCAGCCGACGGAAGCUACAUAUUAGCUGGGGGCAGUAGCAAAUAUAUCUGCAUGUAUGAUGUUGCCGAUCAGGUAUUGCUGCGACGUAUCCAGAUAACUCAUAAUCUUUCAUUAGAUGGAGUGCUUGACUUUUUAAACUCAAAGAAUAUGACUGAAGCUGGCGCUCUAGAUUUGAUUGAUGAUUAUGACAGUGACAUUGAAGAAGGCGUUGAAAGACAAACACGAGGGAAAUUAGGAUUAGAUUUACCAGGAUCCGUGUCUAACCGUGGAAGACCUAUUAUUCAAACAAAAUCCCUAAGAAUUGCACCUACAGGGAGGAGUUUUGUAGCUGCAACAACUGAGGGAGUUUUAGUUUAUUCUGUUGAUGAAUCAUUCAUAUUUGAUCCAACUGACCUAGACAUAAAUGUCACGCCAGAGGCAGUUGAUGAAGCUCUUAAUGAAAACCAACCAAGUAGGGCGUUGAUCCUUAGCCUUCGCUUAAAUGAAGACUCUUUCAUUAAAAAAUGUAUUUUUGCUGUUAGUCCAGCAGAUAUUCCAGCAGUCGCCACCUCAAUCCCAUCCAGAUAUCUCCAGCGAUUAAUUGAGGCACUUGCGUCUCUUCUAGAAAACUGCCCUCAUUUGGAGUUUAUACUUCGAUGGUCUCAGGAGCUUUGCAAAGCCCAUGGAAAUUCUAUUCAACAGAACUCCAGAAAUCUGCUCCCAUCAUUAAAAUCAUUGCAGAAAUCCAUUACUAGCAUACAUCAAGAUCUAGCCGAUACUUGCUCCUCCAAUGAAUAUAUGCUUCGAUAUUUAUGUUCUUCUGGCGCCAGUAAAUAAUUGAAAGCCACAGUUCAUGCGUUGGAUUUUAGGCUUUGCUCGGAAAACCUUGUCCACCCUGAUUAUAUUAUUUUAAUAUGGUAACGUUGAGCACCAUUGGAUUGUAGCAACCUGAGGAAUCAAAGCAAGAUUUGUUGUAGCGUGGCCUCAUUGCAAACUAACUUAAUAGCAUCCUUCAAAGGAAAUACCAUUGAAUACCAAUUUCAAUUUUUGUUCCUGGAAGGUGUGGCAUCCAUCUGGUUUGUUUCAUGACCUAAUUGCAACUCUUGACCGAGACAGCUCGAUGGUUUAUUACAUAUACAUUCUUUUUAAUGAAGUAGCCGUUAUAGAUUGCAGAGGUUUAAGUCCCAGCUUUAUAGUAGUGUGUUUUGAAUUAAAUAUUAGGAACUAUUUGAUGAAAAAUAUUGGAGAUCAUGUCAGAAUUUUUGCCCGAGAAAUAUAUCUUGCUGUUUUGUUCAAUUUUGGAUAAUUUUAUUUCAUCUGAACACCAUUAUUGAAGUUCUA